AUGAGCACAGUACAGUUCAUCAACAACCUCUCCGCGAACGCGUCGGGUCAGCCGACUCACUCGCAUUCACACGACGGCGGGGCGUCGCACACACACGGCCCAGGUGAACACGGGCACACGCACGAACACCUGGACCAUCCGGGGAAGUUUGCGGAGCGCGACCUGCCGGACUACUCUUCGCGCAACUUCGAAGAACGCGGCUUCACAAUCGGGAUCGGAGGGCCCGUAGGCUCAGGAAAGACUGCACUCACGCUCGCUCUCUGCAAGGCGCUCCGCCAGGAGUACAACAUCGCGACGGUCACGAACGACAUCUUCACGCGUGAGGAUCAGGAGUUCCUGAUCAAGAACAAGGCCCUCCCCGAGUCGCGCAUCCUCGCCAUCGAGACUGGCGGCUGCCCGCACGCCGCCAUUCGCGAGGACAUCAGCGCGAACAUGGGCGCGCUCGAGACACUGCAGGCUAAGUAUGGCUGCCAGCUCCUGUUCGUCGAGAGUGGUGGCGACAACCUCGCCGCCAACUACUCGCGCGAGCUAGCGGACUACAUCAUAUACGUGAUCGAUGUCUCGGGAGGGGACAAGAUCCCGCGUAAAGGCGGUCCGGGUAUAUCGCAAUCGGACUUGUUGACCAUCAAUAAGAUCGAUCUCGCGCCGUUCGUGAACGCUUCGCUCGAAGUCAUGGACCGCGACUCGAAGCUCAUGAGGGGAGACGGACCCACCGUCUUCGCAAGUGUCAAGGAAGGCAAAGGCGUGCAAGACAUCAUUGACCUGAUUCUGGCGGCGUGGAGAGCUGCAGGAAGCCCAGGAAAGCCGGGGGCUGUUGGGGACUUCUGA